CCAGAGGUAACCUGCCACCAACAUGGGCAUCGUGUCGCUCGUCAAGCAGUGACCGAUUGUUCACAUCUGGCUCUUCUGUAUCCACAUAAUAAGCGCCCUGAUUGUUACGUCGGGGCAAUUGUUCACCCUAGUAAUAUGGCCCUUCAGCAAGAGCUGGUAUCGGAGAAUCAACGGGUACCUCAUUAAUCUCAUGUGGCUGCAAUGUGUAUGGUUGACGGACUACUGGUCAGGGAGUAGAGUUCAUUUCUAUGGAAGAGCAGGACUCAUGGAGACGGUCAGUACACACCACUCUCUUCUGGUGGUUAAUCACAAGGAGGACGUGGACUGGUUGGUCAUCUGGCAAAUAGCCGAAAGGUUCAAGAUGCUGAGAGGAGCCAAGUGUCUGAUGAAGCAGGAGAUCAAAUACGUUCCCUUUUAUGGAUGGUCAUUCUGGUUGACCGAACAGCUAUUCGUCAACAGGAACUACGCCAAAGACAAGACCAGUCUAAUGAAACAACUUGAGAACGUUACAACUUAUGACUUUCCCACUGUGACACUGAUAUUUUGCGAAGGCACACGUUAUACCAAAGAGAAAUACGAGAAGAGUCAAGCGUUUGCGCGGGAGAAUGGACUACCAGGUCUGAAGCAUCAUCUUGUUCCAAGGACAAAAGGUUUCAACCUGUGUAUAGAGGCCUUCAAAGGCAAAGUUCCUGUGAUAUUUGAUGUUACAAUAGCUUACCAAGAUAAUAAACAACCCUCCAUCUAUGAUCUUAUCUGUGGAAAAAAGUUUGACUUUCAUUUCUAUGUCAGAGAUCUUCCAUUGGAUGAAGUACCAACUGAUUCAGAAGAAGCUACAGCACAGUAUUGUCAUGAUAUUUACAAACAAAAGGAUGAGGCCUACGACUACUUCCUUCGGAACAACACGUUUGAGGGUUACGAUGCCACUAGACCAGGGUGCAUCCCUCCGCCCACCCUCCUGCCUCUGGUAGUGAUGUCGCUCUGGAUGUUGGUUGUAGGUGUACCCAUCAUCUACUAUUCCUUCGCCAUGCUCUUCUCUGGAUCAGCUGUGCUGAUCGUCACGAUCUGUGGAGCCUGUUACGCUGUAUUCAGAUUUUCCAAGUCCAUGAUGAGAGUGACUGAUGUGACGAAAGGAUCAACAUAUGGGAGCAGUAAGGAAACGAAGAGCAAAAGGUCAGAGGUCAACGACACAGGGUCAGGGGUCACAUCAAAUGGCGACCAGAUACCAUUGUCUAAUGGGGAUAAGAAAGAUUCCUGAUUAAGUACUAUACUGUUUUUGUGCAAAUAAAAGUAGAUUUACACAGCUCGGCUCUAUCUGAUGAAAUUAUAGUUUAUGCAAAUUAUAUUCAAAGCCACAUAUGUACUGUGCACUUCCUGAUUUGUUUUUUAUGGUACUGAAUGAGAGCACUUUAUCAUGAUAAAUUUGCACUAGUGCAUAUGUACUUAUUUAUAGAAUUAACUUUUAAUUGAAAGAUCUUAGCCAUGUUCUUGUUUUUAUAUUCUCAGUGUCUGUCAAGUCAGGAAAUCACGAAAUCAUCUGAAUUUACUUCACUAGUUAAGAUUCAAUAUGAACAACUAGGUAAAAGACAGAAUGAGAAUGGCUUCAUAUCACUUAAAGGAAAGUGAAGCCCUUGUAACAAGAUAGCUUGUGCGAAAAAAGAAAAAAAAUCAAAGAAACAGAUAAACAAAAGUUUGGGUAAAAUUGAAUGAAUGAUAAGAAAGUGUUAUAAGCAUUUGAAGUUUUGUUCAUUAUUGUAAUGUAGAUCUUCCUAUUGGCAAUGCGACAAAGAUGUAUGAUGUCACAUGUGAACAACUCUCCCCAUUUUUUAUCUGUAUAUUCACUUGAACUCCCUCUUUCAUCACAUCUUUCAGAAGAUCAUGCAUAUUUUCUAUAGGAGGACAUGUAUAAAUACAGAUUUAUAACAAAAUACAUUAUGGACAAAGAGUUUGUAUCGCUCUUAGAGCAAAAUAGAGGGUUUUUGGUAUUGUGUAGUCCAUCAAUGGGAAAUUUGUUCACAUGAGACGUCACAAAUAUUUGUUGCAUUGCUAAUGGGAGGAUCUCCGCAGCAUUAGUGUGUAUGCAAUAUUAAAAAUGCUCUUAACUUUCUCAUUAUUUGUCUGAUUUUCCUCAAACUUGCUUUGAUCUUAUUCUUUGAUGUCCCUUUAACCUGACCAAAGCUCGACAUACAGGGUAUGAUGCUGGAUGUUGAUUCAAGGUUCUUUUACUGGUCAACGUAUGCAUACAAAGAAAUUUGUCGGAUUUAAUAAUAGUAAUAAUAACAAUUUUAUAUACCGCAAAAUCGCAAAUUUGCCUCUAAGCGGUUAAGAGAGAGGAAAAUGAAGUAUAAAGGAAAUAGAAAUACUUUGCACAACAAAAUAUAUCAAAACUAAUAUUACGAUUUACAACUUUCUCACCAGAUCAUGAAUACAGAAAUACCAUCAAAUGGGCCAAUAAACAUAUGAUAUGAUCAAUUCAAGAUUU